AUGUCUCCCACCCACUCCUACGAGCACCUAUUACCCCCAAGCUGGAAAUCCCAGAUCGCAACAUGGCUCGCCGAGGACACGCCCUCGUUUGACUACGGGGGGUACGUCGUGGGCGAGGCGCACCGCGAGGCGUUCCUCUUCGGCAAGGGAAAACAGACGGCUGUGCUCGCUGGACGUCCGUUCUUCGCUGAGAUAUUUGCGCAGGUGGGCUGCGAGGUCGAAUGGCAUAUGGAGGAAGGAGAGACGUUUGAGCCGAUCAAACACGUUGCUACCGUCAGGGGAAAGGCGCGACACCUACUGCUGGGCGAGAGAGUAGCGCUGAACACGCUAGCGCGAUGCAGUGGGAUCGCAACAAAGUCGAAGAGGAUCAAAGAUCUCGCGAGGGGGUAUGGGUAUGAGGGUGUUAUUGCGGGAACGAGGAAGACGACGCCGGGGUUCAGACUGGUUGAGAAAUAUGGGAUGAUAGUCGGCGGUAUCGAUCCCCACCGACACGACUUGUCGAGCAUGAUCAUGCUCAAGGAUAACCACAUCUGGUCUUCAGGUUCUAUCACAGCCGCCAUCCAACAAGCGCGCGCCGUCGGCGGGUUCACCCUCCUUCUCGACGUCGAAGUGGGCUCCGAGAGCGAGGCCGACGAGGCGAUCGACGCCGGUGCCGAUAUCAUCAUGCUCGACAACAUCGAAGGGGAGCAGCUUGUCGGCGUCGCGCGGAGGCUGAAGGACAAGUGGGCCGGACGGCGAAAGUUUGCGUUUGAGACGAGUGGGAAUAUCACGGAGGCGAAUCUGCAGUCGAGAGCUAUCCGUGAGAUCGAUAUCCUGAGUACGAGCGCCGUACACCAGUCUGUGCAGCACAUCGACUUUAGUCUCAAGAUCCAGAUGCCCAAAUAGCUUCUUGCUUUCCUUUCUUUCCUUUCUCCUUUUUUCAAAGUCGUCGCGACGCGAGUUAUAUAUUCUGUAUCUUUAUUGACAUGUUGAAAUAUAAAACGGAAAAAAGAUGUGUUGUACUACUCUCGCGUGUGCAAAUCAGACCAACCCAAAGAGCCUCAGCGCGUUCUGCCCCCUCACAGCCUCCUUCUCGCCAUCCUCCCAUCCGCUCACCUGGUCGAUAGCAUCCAGAUUGUCCACCACACUCUUCCACUGAUCAGUCCUAUUCAGCGGGGGGAAGAACGGGUGAUCAGUGCCGAACAACAGCCUCCCACUCCCGGUACCACCAACACUCCCCUCGUCCCCGUCGCUCCCAUCCUCACUUUCCCCCGUCCUUGCACCCCGACGAUACGCAGGAGCACGCGCGACGACGUCCCCCACGAACCGCAGCUCCUCAGGCCCGUAC